CACGUGACCGGUUAAUUCCGCGUUCCCGACGCUGGGGAUGUUGUCUCCGGGUCUCCAUGGAGGCGUGCACGGCUUUGCCUAAGCCAUCCUAGCCGCUUUCCUCCACCCUUCCCCCGCAGGAGCUGCCCUGCAACGCCCGCCAUCGAUGACGCAUUGACCGGCCGAGCGCCUUCCUCUCCCCCCCUCCCUCCAUCGCCUUGUUCUCCAUCGAGCCUGUCGUCGAAGCAGCGCGGCCGAGCUGGGGGGCAAUCCGGGGAAAGGGAGUCGCGGCGCCGCGCACCGGCCGCCGGAUACCCCUCCGCGACGCGCCACCAACAUGCUCACGCGGGUCAAGUCCGCCGUAGCCGGCUUCAUGGGUGGGAUCAUGGCCGGAGGCAGCUCCGCCGGAGGCGGCAACCCCGGUUCGGACCUGCCGCUUAAAUUCCCUUAUAUGAGGCCGGAGUUCUUGGGACUAUCACCGGAUGAGAUCGAGUGCUCCGCGGAUCACAUCGCCCGGCCCAUCCUCAUCCUGAAGGAGACCAGGAGAUUACCGUGGGCCACCGGAUAUGCUGAAGUGAUUAACGCCGGAAAGAGCGCUCUCAAUGAGGACCAGGCUUGCUGCGAGGUGGUGGUGGUGAGGAGGAGGCCCAUGAGCUACUGUCCCCCCUCCACGCCUAGCAAGACCCCCACCGCUAAGAGACGCAAUUCGCUGCCCAAUGGGGAGGGUCCUGGGCUGCGUUUGGACCACAGCAAGUUGGGAGAGGACAACGAGGGACUCGUGUUCCACUACUGGGCCUUGUUCGAUGGCCACGCCGGUUCAGGCGCCGCCGUCGUGGCCUCCCGCCUCCUGCAGCACCACAUCGCCUGUCAGCUGCAAGCCGUCAUCGAGAUCCUGCACAAUCUGGCCUCUCUGCCCCCCACCAUCCUGGGGGAGGAGCCCGACAACAACCCUUUCGUGCAGCAGGGCAACACGCCGGGCCCUCACCGCGCUUUGACCCGCGCGGCCUCACUGCGGGGUGCGGCCGGGACGCCGGGUUCGCCCAGCAGCACACCUCCCCCUCCUCGGUUCUUCACCGAGAAGAAGAUCCAGCAUGAGAGCUUGGUGAUUGGCGCUAUGGAGAAUGCCUUCAAAGAGAUGGAUGCUCAGAUUGAGAAGGAGAAGCAAGGCUACAACAUCACAGGAGGAUGCACGGCUCUCACUGUGGUCUACAUGCUGGGAAAACUCUAUGUUGGGAAUGCGGGAGACAGCAGGGCCAUCAUUAUUAGAAACAAUGAGAUCGUUCCCAUGUCAACAGAAUUCACACCAGAAUCAGAGCGACAACGGCUACAAUUCCUGGGUUUCAUGCAGCCUCACCUGCUAGGAAACGAGUUCACACACCUAGAAUUCCCACGAAGGGUCCAGAGGAAGGAGGUCGGGAAGAGGAUGCUCUACAGAGACUUUACUAUGAGCGGAUGGGCAUACAAGACCAUUGAAGAUGAAGACCUCAAGUUUCCACUAAUAUACGGCGAAGGGAAGAAGGUAAAUGUAAAAACACACCAGAUUAAAGCUCUGACUGGAGGUCGGAUGACCUUUUGUCUUUCCCAGGCUCGGGUUCUGGCGACCAUCGGCGUGACCCGUGGGCUCGGAGACCAUGACCUAAAGGUUCACGACUCCAACAUCUACAUCAAGCCCUUCCUGUCCUGCCUUCCAGAGGUGAAGGUGUACAACCUCACGCAGUACGAGCACGGCGCUGACGACGUCCUGGUGAUGGGUACCGAUGGCCUCUGGGAUGUUCUGUCCAACCAGGAAGUGGCCGAAGCCGUUUCCACCUUUCUCGCCAACUGUGAUCCCGAUGAUCUACACAGGUACACGAUGGCCGCACAGGAUUUGGUGAUGCGAGCCCGCGGCGUCCUGAGGGACCGAGGCUGGCGCAUCACCAACGAGCGCCUGGGCUCUGGCGACGACAUCUCCGUCUUCAUCAUACCGCUGAUGUACGGCAACCGUCAGCCCUGAGCAGCAAAGCCCUCAACUUAAAACACCCCAUCCUCCUCUAAAACUUGGGAUAUGUUUAUUUUGUCGAGAGUGAUCAGCCAAAAGAGGAGCUUCCUGUCAUCACGUUCCUUUUACUUAAUGUAGACAAUUGAGCUACAGUGACUCAUUGUUGCCUCUUGUGGAAGUAAGAGGUAUUACAAUCCAAGAGACUGGACUGCUAGGAAUCAAUCAGGUGUCUGGACAAUUCUAUGGCCAAUUCUAUGUCCCCAUUCUUUAGUCCAGUAGGUGCUCACAAAAUAAAAGUCAAAUAUUACAGAAGAGAAAUGAUUUUUUUUUUAAUCAUCCUAACUUUAUUAGGAAUCAAUGCAUGGGUGCACUUUGUUUGGGUUUAAUUAUCAACUUAUUUAAAUUGGAAAAAAUAUCAAAAGAGGUUUAAAAUCUAAACAUGAACCUCAAAUUAAUGUAGGUAUGUCGAAAUAUGAGGUUUGAUUGCACUUGGACAUGAUUGCACUUUAAUUGGAUUCAUAAGAAUACAUACAUACAUACAAAAAAAACAUAUUGUUGUGCAUGCAUUGACAUUUUGUGAGAAGCAGUUUCCAAUUCCUGUGACUUAUUGUAUGGCUGGUGUCCUUGUUAUUAUUUAGCUGCAAUGACAGGGUUCAUUUCCCAUAACGCAAUGUUGAUGAUGAAGAUUAAACGGCAGCAUGAAAGUCAAAAAGGAUGAUGUGCAGAGGGAGGAACGAGGAAGUGUCAUUUCAAGCAUGUGCCAAGGCUGUCAAUCAUCUCAGCCUCUUUAUUUGUUUUCUGUUUCAUUUUUACAUGAUGUUUCUAUACCUGCAGUUGUCCUCCUGUUCAUUCCAUGAAGUGUGUUUAAUUAGAAAUAUACAAAUAUUAUUUAUUGACAGCAUUGUUGUUGUGAAUAUAAAGCUGCAGCUUUUUUUUUUGUCUGAUUUAGGGCUCGUGUUGAAUGUUCAUCUUGUGCUUUGUCGUUCAGCCUUUCUUUGGUCUAUUAGAUGAAUGUAAUUUCUUUCUCUCACCCUGAUAGAGCCAGCCGACUUCUGCACAUCAACUCAGGUUCAAUGUUUGGUGGAGGUGGAUAAGUUGAUAAAGAAGUGUGGAAUAUUAUCAUGAUUAUUGUUACUACAUCGCUACAGAUGUAAAUACAGGAUGGCCGUGUGCUGCUUCACUGUUUGCUUCCCUCUCUGAUGUUUCUGUAAUUGUAUUGUACAAAAAAAAAAGAAAAAGUCUACUUCCUGUAGCUUCAUUAUGGGAAAUCAGCUGCAAGGGAAUUGAAGUGACCGCGUGACCUUCCUGCUUUGUGAAUGUCUACCUUUUGUAUAACUGAAAGGUUCCUACAGAAGUUAAAAAAAUAAUAAUUUUAAUGUCUCCUUGUGCAACUCUACUGUUGGGAAGGACGGGAAUAAUCCCAGGAGUGAAAAAUAAAAAAUGGGAGAAAUGUUUGUGUUGUUUUUGUGACAUAAAUUAAG